AUGAUCGACAUAAUCAGGACAGCAAAUGACACAUACUACCGAUACAAGAUGCCCAGGGCAAUCGUGAAGCACGAGGGAAAGCCGGGAAACACAAAGACAUUUGUGAUGAACCUCGAAGAGAUAGCUGCAUCGCUCAAGAGGCUGCCGAUACACAUUUUGAAGUUUGUGAGCUAUGAGCUAGCAACAAGGACAGAUGUUGCAGCAGGGAGAUAUGCAAUAACGGGAAAAUACGAGACAUCAAGAAUUCAGGAGCUUAUAUAUACAUACAUAGAUGCGUUUGUUGUAUGUCCACUAUGCAGCAAUCCAGAAACAUUUUAUGUUGAGAAAAGUGGACUGUCGAUGGAGUGUCUUGCAUGUGGAAGACAGUCUGUGCUGAAAGCAUCAAAGAUGAGCGGAAUGAUCCUCAAGGACAUUGACAAAAGCUGUGGUGUGCAGGACGAGAUAUACUCGAGAACAGCUGAAGAUAAGCAGAAUGGCUAUGAAGAUGAAAUCAGAGCUAUGGCUAGCUCUGGAGAUGACAGAUCGUCUGAUGCAAUUGAACUGCUUAGAAGAAGCGGAUUUGAUGAUUGCCAGGCAGUGAAGGAACUUCUCAGGAUAGACGAAUGCAUUCUCAAGAGUUUUAGAUCGCUAUGCUCGUGUGUUGCACCAAAGACUGUUCUUCAGUCGAUUGAGGAGUUUGUUGAGGAACAGAGUGGAGAGAAGAAGAGAAUCCAAGUGUAUCUCAAGACUCUUGAGGCACAGGAGAUGUUCAAACGCAAUGAACUUUCCAGAUACUUCACAAGGCCGCAAGGUGCAAGGAAGCGAUCGCCAUCGUUCAAGAAGGAGGUGAACGAGUACUUUCUGGCCAGUAGUCAAUAA